AUGUCGUGUGGAAGAGGCUCUGGCAGCGCUGUUACGAUUCUCUCGCGAUCCUUAUUCCGCCAAUCUCCUUCUGUAAGAAUUUCUAUAUGUACCGGUAACCUGAAGAAGGCGUUUGUGGGUGAUACCCGGGCGAAUUUCGCUACGUGGAGUUUGCGCCGGUGGUCGUCCUCCGCUCCAACGUCCCCUGCAGCUCCCGCCCUCGCUCUCAUAUCCACCGCUGGUUCCACCCCCGCUCCGCUCUCCAUACCCGCUACGCAUUCCCGACAGCUGUGUGUUCACUCUCACGCCUUCUCCUCACCACGGGAGCGCUCAUUGAACACUCUCCGUCAUAGCCUCGAUCGUCAACGUACAGGCCCGGCAUUUCCAGUCUAUUUUUAUCGCAGCAGCACACAUCAUCCCUUAAACAGCGACACGUUUCUCCGCUUCCAAAUACACGCAAACCUCCAGCGACCACAGCAACAACAGCACUGUCGACCGUUCUCGCAAUGGCACGGUCAACAGCAACAGCGACGACAUGGCGGGGAUGGAUAUACGUAUCGGACAUUUGAUGGGCGGGGAGGAUAUGGAUAUGGAUAUGGUGGCGGUGGAGGUGGCGGAAGAAGAGGGUGGUUGUAUUACCAGUUAAUGAACAUCUGGGAGCAGCAUAGAUUGGUGAUUAUAUGCGGGGGAUCCGUGAUGGUGGUGUUUUACGUGUGGAAUCUGGAAGUUGUGCCUAUGACCGGUCGCCUCCGCUUCAACUGCAUCUCCAACGAAUUUGAAAUGCAAUACGGCAAGCAAGCCUACGAAAUGAUUGUGCAGGAAUACCAUGGGCGUCUCCUGCCGGACUCGCAUCCGCUGGUUAGAUAUGUUGACAGCGUUUUUCGCAAGCUGUUUCUGACGGGCUAUCCACAGCUAGGCGAGGGGGAUGAGACGCUGAAGAGGCUGAAUUGGAAAGUACAUGUUAUUGAUUCGCCGGAGAUGAAUGCGUUUGUAUUGCCGGGAGGCAACGUAUUUGUCUUUACUGGUGUCCUGCCUAUAUGUCGUGAUCGAGAUGGUCUCGCUGCCAUAUUGGGCCAUGAGAUUGCGCAUGUCCUCGCACAUCAUAUGGCGGAGCGCCUUAGCUCCAAAAUUGUUGUGGUUGUUGCGGCGAUCGUGGUAUCGAAGCUCUUUGAGGUGUCAGAAAACUUCACGUCGGCUAUUUUUAAUCUGAUUCUUUCUCUGCCCAAUUCUAGGGCGCAGGAAUUGGAGGCGGAUCAAAUUGGUUUGAUGAUGAUGGCGAAGAGCUGUUUUAAGCCCGAGGCUGCUACUGCAUUAUGGAGCCGGAUGCAGCAAGCCGAAAAGGGAGAGCCUCCGCAGAUAUUAUCGACGCAUCCUUCGAGCGGGAGACGGAUGAAGGCUAUUCAGCGGCUGCUCCCAGAAGCAGAUCUAGUGUAUGAUGAUAGCGGUUGCGGGGUGACGGGGCGAUACGGUAGGUCAUUGUUGCCUGAAUAUAGAGUAGCCCCUGAAUCUCAUCCAGGUUUUGGACAGGAGAACUGA